AUGGACAACUCAGCUGUUGUAUAUUCAAGCAAUCAACUAAAGCUGGCUAAUGAUGCGAUGCUCAUCUAUUGGUUGGUUGUAAUGCAUGUAGGGUGUGAAGUAUACAACCUGGGGACAGGAAAGGGGACAUUGGUGUUGGAAAUGGUGGCAGCAUUCGAGAAGGUUUCUGGCAAGAAAAUCCCUUUGGUGCUUACUGGGCAAAGACCUAGAGACGCAGAGAUCGUCUAUGCCGCAACUGCCAAGGCAGAGAAAGAGCUCAAAUGGAAGGCAAAAUAUGGGAUCGAGGAGAUGUGCAGAGAUCUGUGGAACUGGGCAAGCAAGAACCCUUACGGCUAUGCUGGAUCACGCCACUAUAGCAAAUGA